GACAUUGUCAGCGGCUGCAACCAACCUGGAAUGAUUUAGGAGAUAAAUACAACAACAUGGAAACCCCACAGGUCUAUGUUGUUAAAGUGGAUUGUACUGUAGAUAUUCCACUGUGCUCUGAAUUUGGUGUCCGAGGAUACCCAACCCUGAAGCUACUUAAACCAGGACAGGAACCUCUGAAAUACCAAGGUCCUAGAGACUUCCAGACAUUGGAAAACUGGAUGUUGGAGAAACUAAAUGAGGAACCAGCUGAUGUAGAAUCUGAUGUGGAACCACCAAAAGCACCUGAACCUAAGCAGGGACUAUAUGAACUCUCAGCAGACAAUUUCAAGAUACAUAUAGCAGAAGGUAAUCACUUUAUCAAAUUCUUUGCCCCUUGGUGUGGUCAUUGUAAGGCUUUGGCUCCAACAUGGGAACAGCUGGCUCUAGCGUUUGAACAGUCAGAAGCUGUCAAGAUUGGCAAGGUCGAUUGUACCCAGCAUUAUGAAGUCUGCUCUGAAAACCAAGUUCGUGGCUAUCCCACUCUCCUCUGGUUUAGGGAUGGGGAAAAGGGUGACCAGUACAAAGGAAAGAGGGACUUCGAUUCCUUAAAGGAGUACGUGGAUUCCCAACUACAGAGCUCCCAGAAAGAACCACCAGCAGUUAAACCAACUGAGGCUCCUGAGGAACAGCCACCCGCAGAACCUACCCAGGCAGAGGCUACAGUGCUCUCCCUCUCUGAAAAAAACUUCGAUGAGACCAUUGCUAAAGGGGUCACUUUUAUUAAAUUCUAUGCUCCAUGGUGUGGCCACUGUAAGAACUUGGCUCCAACUUGGGAGAACCUUGCCAAGGAGCAAUUUCCAGGUUUGACUGAUGUCAAAAUAGCAAAAGUAGACUGCACUGUGGAACGUAACGUCUGCAACAGAUUUUCUGUGCGUGGUUAUCCUACACUUCUGCUUUUCCGGGGUGGAAAGAAAGUCAGUGAACAUAACGGAACAAGAGAYCUGGAAGCGCUGCACAGCUUCGUUUUGCGCCAGGCUAGGGAUGAGUUGUAAUAAAGGUCUGGACGCUCCAUCCCUUGCUGUCCUUGUACAGUAGUGGAGGGAUUUAUGUCAAUGGUAAUUUUCAAAUAGCGUAUAGUGAUUUGGGGGCAAUUUUUUUGUUUGUUUUGGGGAAACCGAAUGUAUUAAACAUUGGUAUCUUCCCUCUGUGUGUGUGUUAAAAGACAUGCCCUACCCUGCUUGUGAAGGGAAACGAACAAGUACUUACUGUGUAAAUUGAAAAUGUUUUCAGCAUUAGGAGUGUUAUUGCAGUUCUGCGUUCCUGCAAUGAAGUGUAAAUGGUUUCUUUUGAGACUAAAAUACAUUUGGGGAUGCAGUAGAAUAUUUUUGUCAUCCGGUUUGAGUUGGUCAAAACGUAAUCCCUACAAACUGCCCACCAUUCCUAGAAAGGUAAAAGCUGCAGCUGUGUUAAUUUUUUUGCCUCUGCAAGUGUAGUUAAACUUAGUUGUCUUAAUGUAGCUGCCAGUUAAGAAAUGGAAAGUCACAGGAGGCUGGAAACACACACACCUUUGGAAGAUACCAGGCGCCCACAAGCUGGUUGUUUCCUUUUAAUCCKCUCAGCAUGGGAGGUGUAGCCCCGAUGAAAGCCGUGGUACUGUAACACGUGCCUGGGCAUUACGGAUGCCCCAGCGUACGUGUGUCGGGUGGACUGUUGUAGGCAGCUUCCMUCCCGCUCCAGUAACUGUGGGCUACUUAGAUAGAGCCGAAUAGGCUCUAUUAUAACUACCCCGUAACAUUAACUGAUCGGUUGGAUGUUAGAGCUGAUGGCAUGAGUUUCCUACUCUCACCYGAAUCCGGACUUUGGGCUGACCUGCUCCUUUUUUACUGUACUUACUUAGAGAACAAUAAGUAGUACAAUGCUUAAAAUUUCCAUUCCGCUGUUUUAUAGUAGUCAAAAAUAGUGCCCCAUUCCUCUUGAGCCUUAACCUUUUUCCAAGAUAUUACUAUUGAUAUAUUUUGAAGGGUAAACCCCUGCACCCUGUGUUGCCUUGGAUUAUAAUAUGGAUCUAUUCUUUGGUGCAUAUGGUGUUCCAAGUUGCAUAUAAUUGAAAGCCAAAGAAUUUCCAUUGCAAAUACUGUUACAAUGCAAUGACAAUAGCAAACGAAGGUCUGAAUUCUGCCAUCUCAUGUGCACAGAAACUCAUGGAAUGAGUAUGGAUACCGGCUAAUUUGACAAAUAUGUCAAGAUACAGAGUUUUGUCCAUCGUAUGGAGUAGUGAUAUUUAAAAAAAAAACCUACAAACUUUUAAAUCAGUAAAUUACUCCUGGUACUGUUUGUCAAGAGCCAUUGGUUCUAUUCAAUCUAAAACUGUAAGGGUGAAAAAUCCACAAUGAAAGGUAAGUGUUGUACUGGCAGAUGU